AUGGAUAAGAAAGAUUCAUUUACUAGCUCUGUGGCUCAUUCCACUCCACCAUACCUUAAUACUUCCGUCUCAUGGAGACUUCCAACUGAAUCGAAUGUUCGCGGUUCUGCUGUGGCUGAACCGCUGAGUCUGAAGGUGGAAGCAAGAUCAGAACGUCUUCUAAACACGAAGAAAAUGAGUUUCCAUGACCAGGAUUCAUCUUCAACUCAGUCCACUGAUCAAUCUUCUUCUGAGGUUGUUGCAAGUAGCAGAGACGAUAACCCCUCGAAACAAAUCUCAUUUUCAGCAGAAUCAGAUGUUUGUAUGGGAUUUGAAGAAACUCAAAGGAAGGGAUUUUCAAACAGUAAAAAAUCAGACUCCUACUCAACAAGAAUCUCAGAUAUUCACUUUGCUCCUGGCAAGGCUAACGUUUCCUUUCACUAUGCCGAUCCACAUUUUGGUGGUUUGAUACAUGCGGCUUACCUACCACAGGCAACAAUAUGGAAUCCCCAAAUGGUGGGUCGAGUUUCACUACCACUGGACCUCAUAGAAAAUGAGCCUGUCUUUGUCAAUGCAAAGCAAUUCCAUGCAAUUAUGAGGAGGAGGCAGCAACGUGCAAAGCUAGAGGCUCAAAACAAAUUCAUCAAAGCCCGUAAGCCGUAUCUUCAUGAAUCCCGACAUGUUCACGCUCUUAAACGAUCUAGAGGUUCUGGUGGAAGAUUCCUAAGCACCAAAAAGCUUCAAGAAUCUACAGAGCCAAAACACGACAUGUCAAUCCAACAGCAACACACAAAGGGAAACAUGACUGGCUACCGUGGCUGUUCAACCACAUCUGUGUCCGACAUAACAUCUGCUGUUGACAGCAUUGAUAUCUUUGGACACUCUGAGUUUCAGUUAUUAGAUUGCCCAUCUCAGACAAAGCCAACAAUGUAUGUUCAUGGUCAAUCAAAUGACAUGCACGGAGGUGGGAACACGCACCAUUUCUCUGUCCAUAUUUGA